ACGACGUACGACCUACAGCUCUAUCUACUCAUUUCACGAUCCCAAAUCUCAAGUUAUCAGUGAGUGAAUUGUAACCCGAACAAGUGAUAAAUAUUUUUAUUUCGACAAGUUAAAAUAUUAUAAUAAAUAAAUAAUGGCUUUGUGGCGAGUGUUGCCACCAAAGCUCAUUGAAUCAUCAAAAUUAUUAUCUCAUAGUGUUCCUUGUGUUUUUUAUCAUCCAAAUGUAAUUGAUCACUAUGAGAAUCCAAGAAAUGUUGGAUCUUUGGACAAAAAUGAUCAGCAUGUCGGUACUGGUCUCGUUGGUGCACCAGCAUGUGGAGAUGUUAUGAAAUUACAAAUAAAAGUUGAUGGCAAUGGUAAAAUAAUUGACGCUAAAUUUAAAACAUUUGGCUGUGGAUCUGCUAUUGCAUCAAGUUCACUUGCUACUGAAUGGGUUAAAGGAAAAACUGUUGAUCAAGCUCUGGAGUUGAAAAAUACAGAUAUUGCUAAGGAACUUUGUCUUCCGCCGGUCAAGCUGCACUGUUCGAUGCUUGCUGAAGACGCAAUAAAAGCAGCGUUAUCUGACUACAGAAUUAAACAACAAGAUAAAGAAAAAAACAACACUGAAGCUAAGUCACAAACUAUUUAAGUAAUAAUAUGUUGUGACAAUUAGUAAUUUCAUAAUGUAUCAAAAAUAAUGAGUGAGUAAUUGUAUUAAUAAAUAUAAUUUAGCUACUGAGUCUUUUCUGACUUUAUUUUUAGUUAAGAGACAAUUAUCAAAAGAAUUAUUAUGUCAGAAUAUUUAAGUAUGAUGGAGUUUUUUUUAUAUCAAUAAAUAUGUUUGUAGAUAUU